UAUCGAGGAAAUUACCCCCGUUUUAUUAGAAAGCUUCUUUUUUUAAAUUAUUAGAUUAUUUGCGUAACAUAAAUGGCGAAAUAAUAUAAAUCUAGUUCUAGCUAAAUCGAGUGAUAGGUCUAGAUUUUACCUCCAGUUACAGUUACACUGUUACACUAUUUGCUGAUAACGAUGGAUGAAUCAUCUACACUAGAAAACAGCACAAACACAGGUUCAGUUGCUACCCCCCCAUCUUUUACAAAUGAUGAUGAAAUCAAAGCAGAUGAACCUAAUGAAAUACUACCAAAUACUUGUAAAAAAAUCUCUGGCUAUGCACCAAUCAAACAAGAGUACCUUGUACCUGAUCAUAAGCCUACGUUACAUUCUGAAUAUUUAAGUGUGGAAGUGAAGGAGAAACUGGAAAAAAAAAUACUGGUAGAAGAAGAUAACUCUGACAAAGAAGAGGCAGAACCUCCUACCAAAAAGGCCAAACUAAAGGGACGCAACAAAAAUCGCCCAAGAAAUGAAAGAAUCCAAUCAAAAGAUAGAAUAUGUCCCGCAAUUAAAGAAAACAAGGAAUGUAGAUUUGGAGAAAAAUGCAUUUUUAAUCACAGCAAAGAAGACUUUGUAAAAAAUAAGCUUUCAGAAUUAGAAGGGCCUUGUUUUCUCUUUGAUACAUUUGGUUAUUGCCAUUUUGGCAUUGCCUGUCGUUUUGCCAAAAAUCAUUUAUCUAAAGAUUUAGAAAAUGUUGUAAAUCAAGAGUUGUAUGAUAAAAUGAAGCAUGUGAAAACUUUAAAUGAACUAACUAGGGAAAUACGCCAGAAGCUGUGGAAAAAGAAGUACAACUUUAGUCGCGCUAAUAGUAUUGUUAAAGAGAUAGAGAAGUGUUUUAGAGGAUGGGACAAGGGCAAAUCUGACAAGGUCAAUGAAUGUGUAGAUUGUACACGUCAGGCACCUAAAGAUAUACUUGUACCAGUGCAAGAUGGAGGAGAUAGGACCGUUUCCUCAGAUGUUUGUCUGUCUUCUGGUCUAGAGAAGACUGUUUCACCAGAUGUUAGUCUGUCUUCUGGUCUAGAGAAGACUGUUUCACCAGAUGUUUGUCUGUCUGCUGGUCUAGAGAAGACAGCUUCACCAGAUGUUAGUCUGUCUUCUGGUCUAGAGAAGACUGUUUCACCAGAUGUUUGUCUGUCUGCUGGUCUAGAGAAGACUGCUUCACCAGAUGUUUGUCUGUCUUCUGGUCUAGAGAAGACUGCUUCACCAGAUGUUAGUCUGUCUUCUGGUCUAGAGAAGACAGCCUCACCAGAUGUUUGUCUGUCUUCUGGUCUAGAGAAGACUGCUUCACCAGAUGUUUGUCUGUCUUCUGAUCUAGGUAAUGCUGAUAAAACUGCAGAAAUGUGUGUAACUUUACCCAAAACAGAAAGUAAAGAGCUUCCUAAAACUCUGGGAUGUGUUACAGAUGAAGACAUUGUUCCCCUGCGUUCUCAAGAAAAAGCUAAGAUUGAUUUUAAAAACAAGCUCUAUCUUGCUCCCCUGACAACUGUAGGUAACUUACCCUUUCGUAGAGUUUGCAAAGAAUUUGGUGCUGAUAUUACAUGUGGAGAAAUGGCUCUGGUCACACAACUUCUUAAAGGGAAACAGUCAGAAUGGUCAUUAAUGAAGCGGCAUGCCAGUGAGGAUAUAUUUGGUGUACAGAUUUGUGGGUCUUACCCUGACACAAUGACACGAUGUGCACAGUUGCUCACUGAAACUUGUGAUGUUGACUUUAUUGAUAUCAACUGUGGAUGCCCCAUUGAUCUAAUCUAUAGAAAGGGAGGAGGCAGUGCUUUAAUGAGUAAAGCUACAAAACUAGAACAGAUUUGUCGCAGCAUGGUUGGUGUGAUGAAUGGGACUCCACUAACUGUUAAGUUGAGGACUGGUGUCUUUGAUGGCAAGAAUGUGGCACAUCAGAUUAUACCACGUCUUCGUAAUGCCGGCGUCUCACUGGUUACGGUCCAUGGUAGAUCUAGAGAACAGCGCUACACCAAAUUGGCUGAUUGGAGUUAUGUAGCUGAGUGUGCAUCAGCCGGUGCCCCUAUGCCAGUCUUUGGAAAUGGUGACAUUUUGUCAUUUGAAGAUGCUAAUAUUCACAUGCAGCAAACAGGUGUAAGUGGAGUUAUGAUUGCAAGAGGUGCUCUUGUCAAGCCCUGGAUCUUCACUGAAAUAAAAGAACAGAGGCACUGGGAUAUAUCAUCUGGGGAGAGGUUUGAUAUCUUAAAGACUUUCACAAAUUAUGGACUGGAGCAUUGGGGCUCUGAUCAUCAGGGCGUUGAAAAUACAAGGCGCUUCUUGCUUGAGUGGCUGUCAUUUCUGUACAGAUACAUUCCUGUAGGGGUCCUGGAAGUUGUGCCACAACGCAUUAACGAACGUCCACCUUAUUAUAUUGGUCGCAAUGAUUUAGAAACCCUAAUGGCAAGUGCUAAUUGUGCAGACUGGAUCAAAAUUAGUGAGAUGCUACUUGGACCAGUGCCACCUAAUUUUCAUUUUCUGCCCAAACACAAGGCUAAUGCUUAUCAGUAAGGUAGAUGUCAACCACAUAAAGUUGAUGAAAUGGAGAUUUGAUGUUAAUUACAAAAAGUUGAUGAAAUGGAAAUUUGAUGUUAAAUACAAAAAGUUAAUGAAAUAGAUUUCAUUUUAAAUACAAAAAGUUGACGAAAUUGGAGAUUUGAUGUUAAAUACAAAAAGUUGGUGAAAUGGUAGAAUUAAUGUUCAG